CUCUUGUGACUACGUACUGAAAGUGACCACACCGGAAGAUAUCGGCAGCGUGGAUAUUGUCGGAACUGAGUCUGCUUUAUUAAUUAGGAAAUAACUGAAUAAUAGCCAACUUCAAUGGCAAAGUUUGUGCCUCCUAUUAUUCAGGAUAACCCAGACGGCUGGGGUCCGUGUACAUUGCCGGAACAGUUUAAAGAUAUGCCUUACCAACCUUUUUCAAAAGGUGACCGUCUGGGAAAGGUUGCAGACUGGUAUGGAUCAACUUAUCAGGAUAGGCGUAUUUUGAAUAAGUAUCAAUCCCAAUUUGGUGCAAAUGCUACUCAAUACGCGUAUUAUCAUGAGGAGGAUGAGAGUUCCUUCCAACUUGUUGACACUACACGUCAACAAAAAUCAAUCUAUCAAAGGAAUCGUGUUAAGUAUACGCAAUACCAGAAAAUGCGUAAGGAACGUGAAAGAAGACAAUUGCAACAGCAACAGAUGCAGGUUUUGACAAAAUCUCAAAAGAGUAGAGAAAGAGAUCGUCAAAGACAAAUUCGCAAAUGGCAAAAACAAUAUGGUCGGCAAAUGCAAGAUUCAAAAAAGAAUUAUGGAAAGCCACAGCAAAAAAAUCGAGAGGCCUCUGUUCAAGUUCGCGAAUCCUGGAAAUUCAUGGAAGAUAUGGACUUCCCUAGAUUAGCUAAACUUUCAUUGCCAACAAUAAAUGAACCUGAAGAUUUGAAAUUAUGUGGUUCGCUAGAGUUUUAUGACAAGUCAUAUGAUCGAAUAACAACGAAAUCUGAGAGACGUCUUAAUAGAAUCAAUAGGGUAUUCCAUAAAGUUACAACUACUGAGGACCCUAUUAUAAGAAAACUUGCUAAACAAGGAAAUGUCUUUGCUACUGACUCUAUCUUAGCAACAAUUAUGUGUUGUACACGUUCGGUAUAUUCAUGGGAUAUCGUUGUCCAGAAAGUUAAAAAUAAGCUCUUUUUGGAUAAACGUGAUGACUCUAACUUCGAUCAAUUGACUGUUAAUGAAACCGCCACCGAAACACCCCAAGAAGAGGGUUUGAGCAUCAAUUCACCACAUAAUUUAGCUAUGGAAGCGGCUUUCAUAAAUCACAAUUUUUCGCAACAAGUGCUUAAAAUGAGUGGCGAACGUCAUCAAUUUAAGGAAACUAAUCCUUUUGAGGAGGAAACUGAAGGAGACAUAGCAUCUGUUGCUUAUAAAUAUAGAAAAUGGGAUUUAGGAAAUAACAUUGAGCUUGUUGCCCGCUGUGAAGUUGAUGCUGUAACGCAAGCUAUUGAUGGAUCAAUCCAGCAAAUGAGCAUUAAAGCGCUAAAUGAAUGGGAUUCCAAAGCAUCCAACGGCGUUGACUGGCGAUCAAGAUUAGAUAAUCAGAGAGGAGCUGUGUUAGCUACUGAAUUGAAAAAUAAUUCAUGCAAAUUAGCUAAGUGGACAGUAGGGGCAUUGUUAAGUGGAUCCGACCAAAUUAAAUUUGGUUACGUUUCUAGAUUGAAUGUAAGAGAUUCUGCGAGGCACGUAAUCCUCGGUACCCAGCAGUUCAAGCCGGCAGAAUUUGCCAAUCAAAUCAAUUUAAAAAUGGAUAAUUGUUGGGGAAUUCUCCGUGUUAUUAUCGACACCUGCAUGAAAUUGGAUGACGGAAAAUAUUUGAUAAUGAAAGAUCCUAACAAACCAACAAUUAGAAUUUAUAAGAUUCCAGCAAGCACCUUUGAAAGCGAUGAUGACGAGGACGAGGAAGGAGACGACGAUGAUAGUGAUAGUGAUGAUGAUAGCGAUGGUGCCGAUAGCGAUGAUAGCAAGAAAGACGGAAAUUAA